GCCUGUGAAGUAGGGGUACUGCCGUCUCUAUGAAAUAGUGGCUCUAAAGCCCUUGAGAGCUCUGCAUGAGGUCACUUGUCCCACGCUGCCAACGCUGGUAGCCCAAUGCAGAAGGUGAUACCUGCGUGCUGGCUGGGCUGAACGUAACUCUUAAUUAGCUUUAAAAGCGCUUGUAAAAAAUCCUAGGUGAAAGGUAAAGGAGUGCGCAGAAGAAGGUGGCAGGACCUUGAAGCAAGAGGCCUAAUUUUCCUUCACCUCCUGCUUCCCUCUUUUGUUUUGUUCUACCAACCUGCUGCAUUUUUUCCUUCCUCGUUGGCUAGCUCCAAGCUCUGUUGUUAUAACCAACAAGGAUCCUGUUGUUACACUCAACUGUUCCUCCCCAAAUGAGUGCCGACCUCCCCUUUUUUGUGUGGUUAAAGGGCCUCCUGGCCUCGCCGUACUUCCAAAGGUUGUGUGCGCUGACUCCAUCCAAGCGAUGUUUAACCACCCUCUUGGUUUAUGAUCAGAGAGCCUCCAACCUAUUUACAGAAGCCAGUGAAUUAAGGUUCAAAACCUAUUUACAAGGUGGGUGUGUUUUAGUGUCCCUGGAUGGAAAAUCGAGGCACAGAGAGGAAAAGCAUCUGAAGAUGCAGCUUGUCAGCAGAGCAGGAGCAAACACACACCCUCUGUGACGAUCCCAUCAAUGCUUUUCCCAAAGCAUCUGUCUGUCAUCGGCUGUAUUGUAUCUGCGUGGCUUCAAGCAGCAUCCCGGUGUAACUUAUCUCAGCCUUGGCCACCUUUGCCAGCUGUGCCAGGAGGCCUCCUGCAUGCGAGUGACGAUCGUGCUCGGGGGAAGGAGUCUGUCCGCUGAGCCCCUCUGUGUCGGGAAAGCCCCCGUGAGCAGGCCACGGCUGGGCAGAGAGGCAAACAGGCUUCGGACGUGCCGAAGGGUCCUGGCAACGUCCGUCAUGGCAAUGCAGAGGGAUCCGAGUGUGGGAAGAGGAUGCAGCUGCAGCCGCCCUGUGAAUCGGGGUCCCAAGGCUGGUGGCAGUGUUGAUCCCUUGCACCAGUGACCUGCUGGUUGUAACAGCCCAUGUCCCCUUUCUCAUUCCCGCUCCGCUUGGCCCUCUUCCUCCUGUCCCUCUUCGUGCAAGCUCCCUUGCUGCCUUCAGCGGAGAAUCCCUUUCCCCUCCCAGUAAAGACGUGCUCCAGGCUGUGCUGAGAUUACUUCGGUUUUCAGCUCUCCGUGCUGACAUGGUAACUGAACGGUGGCUUUCAGCGACAGGCAGACGGGGACAGCUGCUCCGGAGAGGCUAGCAGAAACAGCCUGGUAGGGUCCAUCUCGGAUAGACACGGAUGAUGCCAGAGCUAUGACAGGGAUUGCAGUCUUGGCACUGAGGGGUGAUCAAUUAUGGAACAACUACAGGAGGAAAUACCUGAGGUCAGGGAAGAGGAGGAGGAAGAGGAAGAGGCAGUGAUGGUGGCAAGCAGACCCUCAGACCCACGUGGAGGACCAGACAGCUCGCUGCCUUCGAGCAGCUACACAGACCUUUCGCAGAGCUCCUCUCCCUCCCUGUCGGACCAACUGCAGAUGGGCUGCGAGGAGGCAGCCUUGGGAGCACUGAACGUGGAAUGCAGGGUCUGCGGAGACAAAGCCUCGGGGUUUCACUACGGUGUGCAUGCCUGCGAGGGCUGCAAGGGUUUCUUCCGCCGGACGAUCCGCAUGAAGCUGGAAUAUGAGAAGUGCGAGCGGAGCUGCAAGAUUCAGAAGAAGAACCGGAACAAGUGCCAGUACUGCCGCUUCCAGAAAUGCCUCUCGCUGGGCAUGUCGCAUAACGCAAUCCGCUUCGGCCGCAUGCCGGAGGCAGAGAAGAGGAAGCUGGUGGCAGGGCUGACGGCGAGUGAGAUCAGCUGCCAGAACCCGCAGGUGGCCGACCUGAAAGCUUUCUCCAAGCACAUCUACAACGCCUACCUGAAAAACUUCAACAUGACCAAAAAGAAGGCGAGAGGUAUCUUGACCGGGAAGGCCAGCAGCACCCCACAGCCUUUUGUGAUCCACGACAUGGACACCUUGUGGCAGGCAGAAAAGGGGCUGGUCUGGAAACAGCUCGUGAACGGCAUUCCCCCCUACAAGGAGAUCGGGGUGCACGUCUUCUACCGCUGCCAGUGCACCACCGUGGAGACUGUGCGGGAGCUCACGGAGUUUGCCAAGAGCAUCCCCAGCUUCAUAGGCCUCUACUUGAAUGACCAAGUGACUCUGCUGAAGUACGGGGUGCACGAGGCCAUCUUCGCCAUGCUGGCCUCUAUCAUGAACAAGGAUGGGCUGCUGGUGGCCAACGGGAACGGCUUCGUGACCCGUGAGUUCCUGCGUAGCCUGCGCAAGCCCUUCAAUGAGAUCAUGGAGCCCAAAUUUGAGUUUGCUGUGAAAUUCAACGCGCUGGAGCUGGAUGACAGUGACCUGUCUCUGUUUGUGGCUGCCAUUAUCCUGUGCGGAGACCGUCCUGGCCUGAUGAACGUGAAGCAGGUGGAGGAGAUCCAAGACAACAUCCUGCGAGCGCUGGAGUUUCACCUGCAGUCCAACCACCCGGAUGCCCAGUACCUCUUCCCUAAGCUGCUGCAGAAGAUGGCCGACCUGCGGCAGCUGGUGACGGAGCACGCCCAGCUCGUGCAGAAGAUCAAGAAGACUGAGACGGAGACAUCUCUGCACCCGCUUCUGCAGGAGAUUUACAAGGACAUGUACUAAGGACCUGUUAUUUAUGAGAAUGAAGCCAUGGAUUCCCAUCAAGACUCUUUGUACAGAAACAAAGAAAACCUUUCCCCAUGUCUUCCAUUUCUUCUACUGGAAACUCUUUUCUAUGUGACCCUUAGGGCAAGAUGCCCUGAGAUUUUGCAGCCGCCACCUGCUAGGCCAGGGCUUCCGUUAACACACACUAACAAAUUUACAAAGGCAAAUCAUAAGCUACUCUUUCCGUUACUACGGCCCGGCUCUUCAGCUGCUCCCCGGGGCCUCUGGAGCGACCGGCCGGUUUACAUGGCCCAGACGGUGGGGUUCCUGCGGCGGCUUGGGAACGGUGGGGUAUGUUCGGGUCAUUAGGAGACCCGAGCGUGGUGCAGGUAUCCGGCGGGGCCAGCGGCAGCACUUACAGCGUGUCUUUAUUUUCUUUUUUAUAUUGCACUCCGAAGAUGCAGUCCUGAGCUGUGAAAUCUAGGACAGUAGUGAAAGGAUGUUUCUCUCUUUCCCAAAGAAAAGACAGAGUAUUUGAAGACGGGUAGGGCUGUCCUAGCAGGGACCCUCAGCUGCAGCCCCUGCUUGCUGUGCAGUGUAUUCCUGUCUCCCAGAGGGGUUGUGUGAUCUCUGCCUUCCCCCGAGUGCUGUGUGGGAGCCCUUGCUCCUGGUACCCCCAUUUCAGAGGGACCCUGGCCCUUGGCACCUCAGCAUGAGAGCGGGAGGGAUGGGCAGGUGGGAGGGAAAGGGUUCGACUCAUAAAAAUUCACCUUCAGAGCAGAGGGCAGAAUGUUUGCUUCCCCAGGCUUCUCUGCACAGACAUGAGUUAGCAGAACCCGUGUGCAGGGUCGGGGCAGGCCUGGUCACGUUUAGGUGGCAGAGCUUGCAGCUUGUCCUGCAGCUCCCUCCCCAAGCCCCUGGCGGCGCUGGGGGUUUGCAGGGCAGUGCGGGCAGCAGAGGCUCCCCGGCAGCACAGCUCCUGAGAGCACCGGCGCAAGCUAAGCCUUCAGCGACACCAGCAAGGGGAAAGCAAAGCUACGGCCAGCCCGUGGUGCUCAUGAUGCUGAAAGGGUGUUGACCUGUCUGUUAAGUGCCCUGCCUCAGUUUCCCCUCUGUGAAAGGGAGCUGGAUUGUCACCUGCUCUCUGCUCAGAGGGGGAGCACGAGGAUUAAUUAGUGCAUUGGUUGCAGAGAGUUUUGCAGCAGUAAAACACAGUAUAAAUGCCAAGUAUUUAUAACAGGGGAGGGAGAGAGUGGGGUGCUGACAAUGACCAGGAGCCUCCUGGUGAGUGCGGCCGGGUUGGGGAAGCUGCUUUGCCCUCCUCUGCCACUGUCCCGAGUGCAGGGAGAGCUCCAGGCUUCGGGGUCUGCCUAAACCCAGAGCCGUUCUGGGAUUUUACCUCGAAACUUCUUGCAGGUGUAGUGAAACUCCACGGUGGUGCCUGUGCCCAGGAGGGGACCCCUGCGUGGGGAGGGCGUCACCCAGGCUCUGGGAGAGAGGAUGGAGCCAGGAAGGGCUCGGUCCCCUCUCAGAAUCACGUGUCUGACCUAAGAGGCAGCACUUACCCAUCUGCAGCUCAUGGUCCCAUGUGUCCCGAGCAGCCUGAUUAAAAUACUGAUAUUCCCAAGGAGGGGUUGUGGGAGCAAAUGACUUGGUUUUAUUUUAUUUUCCUCCUCUUCAGGGUAGCAGAUUUCCCUGGUGCAAUAAUUCCUUUAAAACCUGAAGGUGAAGAGUGCUGGGCUUCCCCUCCACGUCACGGGGCUGGCUGGUCCCAAACCUGCCCCCGCUGCCGCCCUCCGGCUCCUUGCUGUGCCUCAGUUUCCCUGCCCUCUGCCCGCCCAGCCCCUUCCCCUCCCUACCUCGCUGGCGUCUUAUGAAUUACCGUUUCUAAAGCACUUUGAAGCCCUCUCGGGGAAGGCACCGGAGACGUGCUGUGUGCGUGUGCUGGACGGAGCCCAGGGGGAUUCGUCCUUCCCAAAGCAGGCCGGCACGUGGGACUCAUCAGCUGGGGAACUUUUUGCUCUUCCUUCCUCGACAGUGUAACAACCCUCAAACUGAAAUGUAUAUUUUUGCUAGAAGUACAAACCUCCGAGUGUUUUUAAUAAUAUAAAUAGUGUCCGCAAACUGACUUGACUUUAAAUAAAUCUGAACUAAAUAUUUAAGGAC